AUGGCCGACCGUAGUGCUGCAAGCCGCACCUUUUGCGUCACUGAGCUGCUCGAAAUGAUACUUGUCAAUCUUGACGUCAAGGACAUUACCAAACUCAAACGCGUCUGUAAGGACUGGAAAGAAGUCAUCGCGACCUCGAAGCAGCUUCGGCAGAUCUGCUUCCUCGAGCCUAUCGAGCCGACUAGAGCGGUUGUAGGCAGUGUCAAAAACUUCUGGGAGUACAGCGGAUUGAAGAUCGUGUCGCUGGCGAACAACCAGGCUCACGAGCAGCGUAGCAUGCUGUCGCUGGCGCACAGCCAGACUCACGAGCAGUGUAGCCUGGCAAUUAGGAGAACCGGCUUCACAUUUGGGAAACUCCGAGAAUUUGUGCCAGAGAAGAUGCCCGAGGGAGAGCACGAUUACGUGUUCCUCGAUGCCCCAGGCAUUCUGCUGGACAGUCUUCUCGAACAAGUCUUCAACCGGACUCUCGAUGCCUGA